AUGGAUGAUCAGACACAGUUCACCGAGAGAGCGUUAACCUUGUUAACCUUAGCUCAAAAAUUAGCACAAGACCACCAGCAUGCCCAAUUGCAGCCUAUACAUUUACUAGCAGCUUUUGUUGACACUCCGGAAGACGGAUCGGUCUCAUAUCUGCAAAAUUUGAUUGAAAAGGCUCGCUACGACUAUGAUGCGUUUCGCAGAUGCGUGAAUAAACAUUUAGUUCGGAUUCCCCAACAAAAUCCAGCACCAUCCCAGAUUUCUGCAAGCUACGCAACAGGGCAAGUCCUUCAAGAGGCCACCAAAAUACAGAAACAACAAAAAGACUCGUUUAUUGCCCAGGAUCAUAUAUUAUUUGCUCUAUUCAACGACUCCAGUAUUCAACAGAUAUUCAAAGAAGCCCAGGUCCAGAUAGAGUCCGUAAAGCAGCAGGCUCUAGAGCUUCGUGGUAACCAGAAAAUUGACUCCCGCGGAGCUGACACCAGCGACACCCUGGAGUACCUCACUAAAUAUGCUAUCGACAUGACAGAACAGGCUCGUCAAGGUAAAUUGGAUCCCGUCAUUGGCAGAGAAGAGGAAAUAAGAGGCACGAUUCGUGUAUUAGCACGUAGAAUAAAGUCCAAUCCCUGUUUGAUUGGUGAGCCGGGGAUCGGAAAAACUGCGAUUAUUGAGGGUGUUGCCCAAAGAAUCAUCGACGAAGAUGUUCCCAAUAUUCUCUUGGGGUCCAAAUUAUUUAGUUUGGAUUUAGCGGCCUUGACUGCAGGUGCCAAGUACAAAGGUGACUACGAAGAGAGACUCAAAGGCGUGCUGAAGGAAAUUGAACAAUCAAAAACUUUAAUUGUUCUUUUCAUUGAUGAAAUUCACAUGCUAAUGGGUAAUGGUAAAGAUGACGCUGCCAACAUUUUGAAGCCUGCGUUAUCAAGGGGCCAGCUGAAAGUCAUCGGCGCAACAACUAAUAAUGAAUACCGUGCAAUUGUCGAAAAAGACGGUGCGUUUGAGAGGCGUUUCCAAAAGAUUGACGUCCAGGAACCUACAGUGAGGCAGACAGUCGCUAUCCUAAGAGGCUUACAACAAAAGUAUGAAAUUCACCAUGGCGUGAGAAUCUUGGACAGUGCCUUGGUUACUGCCGCUCAACUCGGUAAAAGGUAUCUUCCUUACAGAAGACUGCCAGAUUCGGCUCUGGACUUGGUUGAUAUCUCAUGUGCGGGAGUGGCUGUGGCCAGGGACUCGAAACCUGAAGAGUUAGAUUCUAAAGAACGCGAGUUACAGUUGAUUCAAGUUGAAAUUAAAGCUUUGGAAAGAGACGAAGAAGCUGAUCCCACUACUAAGGACCGGCUUCAGCAGGCUAGACAGAAGGAGGCUUCUUUACAGGAGGAUUUAGUGCCGCUAAGACAGCGUUACGACGAAGAGAAAAAGAGUCACGAGGAGCUGACGAGAGCCAAAAAGAAAUUGGAUGAACUUGAGAACAAGGCCAUCGAUGCCGAACGUCGCUAUGAUACUGCAACCGCUGCUGAUUUGAGGUAUUUUGCCAUACCUGACAUCAAGAAGCAAAUCGAAAUGUUUGAAAAUGAAGUCGCGGAGGAAGAGAGGAGAGCAGGAUCUGGAGCGAUGGUUCAGAAUGUUGUCGACAGUGACACAAUCGCCGAAACCGCCGCAAGGCUAACAGGCAUUCCAGUCAACAAAUUGACAGAGUCCGAGAACGAAAAAUUGAUUCACAUGGAAAGGCACUUGGCUUCGGAAGUUGUCGGUCAAUCAGAAGCGAUCAAGGCUGUCUCCAAUGCAGUUAGACUGUCCCGCUCGGGCUUAUCAAACCCAAGACAACCCGCAUCGUUCUUAUUCCUGGGACUCUCUGGAUCAGGAAAGACCGAAUUGGCCAAGAAAAUUGCGGCCUUCCUGUUUAAUGAUGCGGAUGCCAUGAUAAGAGUGGACUGUUCCGAACUUGGGGAGAAAUACUCGGUAUCAAAGCUGUUGGGAACUACGGCAGGCUAUGUAGGCUACGAUGAAGGUGGAUUUUUGACCAACCAACUGCAACGGAAACCCUACUCCGUUCUGCUCUUUGACGAGGUUGAGAAAGCUCAUCCAGAUGUUUUGACGGUCAUGUUGCAAAUGCUAGACGAUGGAAGACUGACGUCGGGCCAAGGAAAGACCAUUGAUUGUUCCAAUUGCAUCAUUAUCAUGACUUCUAACCUGGGUGCCAGCUUCAUCAUCGCACAGUCAGGCUCCCGAGUGGAUGACUCCACCAAGUCACUCGUCAUGGGGGCGGUCAGACAACAUUUCAGACCGGAGUUCAUCAACAGAAUAUCCAGCAUCGUGGUUUUCAACAAGCUGUCGCCGAAAGCUAUCCAUAGGAUUGUCGACAUCCGACUCAAAGAGAUUGAAGACAGAUUUGAAGAAAACGACAAGCACUACAAACUUGACGUAUCAGCCGAGGCCAAAAGAUUUUUGGCGGAGAAUGGCUACUCCGAAGAUAUGGGUGCCCGCCCACUCAACCGGUUGAUUCAAAAUGAAAUCCUAAACAAAAUGGCCAUCAGGAUUCUGAAAAAACAAAUCAAAGACAAGGAGACGGUCACCGUCGUGCUGAAACACAACCAUGGCGACGAGCCAGACGAGCUGGACGUGCUACCCAACCACGAGAUCACCGAUGCAGAUAUGGAUAUCGACGACGACUGGGAUGAUUUGGAGGACAGUAUGACUGACGCUGCUCCGCUAGACUAG